GGCUUCCGUUAGUUGUCCGGGACUUCUGAUCCGCGGUCUUGUGACGUGAGCGGUCCCCGGGAUUUUAUGUGUGGGGCGGGGAGGCAGAGAGAUUGAGAUAACACGCACGCUAAGCAAUCCAUCUCCCUUCAAGCUCUGACCUACCUGUCAGAGUCUUCUGCAGCCCGAGCUGAUCUCGCACUUGCCGGAUAGCUAAGGAUGGCCUUGAAUUUUUGAUCCUCCUGCCUUUUACUCCAAGAAAGACUGGAUGUGAAUCUGGAAGCCCCAGGCAGGAUUGCCUGUGUUGAUCAACACCGCCAUCUUAAUGUUGUGAGGCUGAUGCAAGAUACUUUGAGAGAGUUCAGAGCCAGCCUGGACAACUCAGUGAGUCUCAGACUGGCUAGGAUGACAUGAUAGCCUUUGUCGGAAAGGAUGGAGUUGGGAAACGGAAAACUGCCGAGGACAGGACUGAACUCACUGAAUCAAGCCGUUCAUCCAACCCAGGGCCUGGCCUGGACUGACGGGAACCGUGUGGUCCUGACUGAUUUACAAGUUCACAGUGGCGAGGCCAAGUUCGGGGACUCCCAAGUCAUUGGCAGCUUUGACUCUGUCCGUGGGGUUUUCUGGGCCCCAGUCAGCACAGUGCGCAUGCCCGCUCUGCUCGCCAUCCAGCACAGGACGCUUGUCUCCGUGUGGCAGCUGUGUCCCGACACUGCAGGAGGACCAAGCAAAUGGCAGGUGUCCCAGGCCUCUGAAAUCAGAGAGUCACUCCCUAUCCUUCCUCAGGGCUGUGUGUGGCACCCACAGGACGCUGUUCUGACUGUGUUGACUGCUCAGGAUGUUUCCAUUUUUCCUAACGUCCACCGAGAUGGUUCCAGGGUAAAAGUGGACAUCACCGUCAAGGGCCGCGUUUACUGUGCUUGUUGGACCCCGGAUGGCCAGCGGCUGGUGCUGGCAGUAGACAGCAGCCUUCAUUCGUAUAUUUGGGACAGUUCUCAGAAGUCCCUUCACAGCUGCUCCUUCUGCCCAGUGUUUCCUGUGAACUGCUCCAUCCGGUCCAUCACGGCCAUCGGGAACUCACAGGUUGCUAUAGCCACUGAACUUCCGCUCGAUAAGCUUUGUAGCUUAAAUGCGUCCGAAGCCUUUGACGGUUCGCCUGAUGGUGGUUCACCUGCUGGUGACGAUGGUGCUGUCCAUACUCAUCCUGUGGGUGAAACGCCCCCUGCAGAUGAGCAGGUGGCCGCUACCGACAUGAAUUCUGCAGCGACAGUCUCCCCCUUCUCAGUUCCUCUGGAUCUGACUCACAUACAUUUCAACCCAUCACGAGCUGAACAGAGUUCUCUUAUUUGUUUAAGAAAAAAGGACUACUUGACGGGAACGGGCCAAGAUUCUUCACAUUUGAUCCUGGUAACCUUUAAGAAAUCAAUUACCAUGACAGAAAAGGUCGCUAUUCCGGGUAUCCUGGUUCCUGAUUUAAUAGCAUUUAACAUGACAGCACAGCUAGUGGCCGUGGCUUCCAAUACAUGUAAUGUAAUUUUGAUCUAUUUGGUCGCUCCAUCUUCUAUUCCAAAUAUCCAGCAAAUUCAGUUAGAGAGUAACGAAAGACCAAAAGGCAUAUGUUUCUUGACAGACAGAUUAUUAUUAAUUGCUGUAGGGGAACAAAAGCCCACUGAAACAGCCUUUCUUCCUUCUUCAGAAUCUGAUCAGUAUACUGUUCGUCUGAUAGUUAGAGAAAUAACCCUGGGAAGAGAAUCUUCUGGAACAUCUGCUGAAAGUCAGGGUGCUUUCUCUGACUUCAGUGCUCUAUUAAAUAAAGCAGAUAGAGAAGAAAAGUUCACUGACAGCCUUUCCCCAGGUUCGAGUCCCCUGAGCCAAGGGCUCUUGCUAACAGCUAACUCCAGUACUCUGAGUGGGAGGUCUGGAAGAGCCCUUAUUCAAGAAAUUAAAAGUCCCUUGUCCCCUCUGUCCAGUGAUUCCAUUGUCCAUGAAACCCUUCACAGGCCCUCCUGGCUUUGCACACCACUGCCUAGACACAGCAGGACCCCAGAGCAUACCAGCACCCCAGAACUGAAUUCACCUCAAAGAGAGAACUUUAAAAAAGAAAAGGAGACUUGCCCACUUUCCAGAGAGCUGGAAAUUCUAUCUCGGCGCCUGGUUGGGAUGCAGGAGUGUCUUAUUGAACUUAUGGAUUUUCUACACAAGGAGAAGCAAGUCUCUCCUGCGUAUCCGCCCUCUCAGGACCCUCCCUAUGUUCACCUCAUUCUCCAGAAGCCUUGUUCUGUAGGUCCUGCUGAGAGAAGGGCCGUGCUCCUCUGCGACGGGAAGCUAAGGCUCAGCACCGUCCAGCAGAUGUUUGGCCUCCACCUUGUUGAAAUGCUGCACGAUUCCCACUGGAUCCUCCUCUCUGCCGACAGCCAAGAUUUCAUCCCAUUAACUUUCACAGCUGCCCAGACAGUCGUGGUGAGAGAUGGCAGUCUGUCCGAGCCAGAGGGAGCUAGGGGCCCUCUUUCUCACAGUCAGGAUCCUGAUCCUCCACCUGAAGUCUUUGGAGACCUUUGGAAACGACUGGCUGCUUCAACAGCGUGACCUGGUGGCUGUCUCAGAGCGCACGUGCUGCCACAGUCCCCUUGGGCUGUGUGCUUCUGGGCAGCAGGGCAAGUGACUGUUCAUGUAUUCACGACUGUGCCCCUUUGAGGACAGAAUUCUCAGAAUGAAACCACAAUAUCACAUGGGCAUAUAGAUAGUACUUUAUGAUGUCUCCUUGCUUCCCCGGCCUGAAGCUGUGUCAGCACUGCCCGUGAGUGUUCGUAGGAUUCAGUGGCUCUAGUGGUAGAGCUUCUUCUUGCUCUAAAGAUGCAGGUGACGACAGCCCCUGGGGAGCCUGCGCCUCAGAGCAGCCUUUUAGUCCAAUUCCAGUACAAAGGACGUCAGAGACCCCACUUCUGCCUGCAGGACUGCCUGGAUCAGGAGGAAGUUCUGAGGCUGGCCAUCCCCCGCUCCCCGACCCCAGAUCUAAAACCAAUCCUCUCACUCCUAUACACAGUUCUGGCUGACAGAGGUCCAGAUACUGCUAAAAAGUGUUCUGUGCAAAUUUUUUUUGUUGUU